AUGUCGGCACUGUUUAACUUGGAGUCUAUGAUCACCGUUAUCAUUCUGUGCAUUUGCACAUGUACCUACCUGAAGCCGCGGUUCCCCAACGUCUUCGACAACAAGAAAGGUGGGUUCCUCGGGACGCUUGGCAAGUUCGCAGUCAUCGGGGACCGCCUGUCCUUAUACGUGUCCGUGGCCUGCGUCAUCCUGGCCUUCGUCAACCUCAUGGACCCAUUCGACAUCCCACCCAACCAAACACUGUACGUGAAUAACUUGGAGGAAAAAAUAAACGUCAAGGAUUUGAGAGACCUGUUGUUCGAGUUCUUCUGUCCCUAUGGGAACGUACUAGACGUGGUUAUAAAGAAAGCCAACCAGUCCAGAGGACAGGCCUUUGUCGUUUUCAACACCAUCGCAUCCUCCACCCUGGCCUACAAAAACCUGAAGGGGAAGCUCUUCCUCAACAAGCAAAUAAACAUUAACUAUGCGAAGACCAAGUCCAGGAUUGUAGAAAAACUUGAAGGAACAUACAAACCAAUUACCAAUUACAAAUCCGAAACAGGCUACGGAAGUAGUACAGCCAAUGUCUUCACCCUCUUUAUCCAAAACCUACCCAACGAAAUCAACAAAAACGCUUUGGAAAUCCUGUUUAAUCAGUACCCAGGGUUUUGUGAAGUGAGACAUAUUCCUGGAAGGAACGUAGCCUUUGUGGACUUCAGCUCUUAUCAAAAUGGGGAAGUUGCGAUGAACGGCUUGCAGAGCUUCAAGGUGACUCCCCAGCACCCGAUCAAAAUUUCGUGGUCCGCCUGA